GGAAAUUCUAAGGUGAUUUCCGAUAGUCAUGUGACGAAACAUUUAGAUAUUUUCUAAACAUGAAUUUAUAUCAAUUCCCCCCAAUUGAAGACGAUGAGCGAUCCAGUAAAAAAUUUAUUAGAAAGUUAUUUAGACAAUCUUCGGUACCGACAGCAGAAACUACCGAUCCUGUAAAGACUGAAAAUGAUGAGGACAAGUCGCCUGAUAUGGCAUCGGCGCUAAAAUCAGCUUUCAUAGAUCGGUUAAAAACCUUGCAACACCGCAGCAAAUCUUCAGGGAAGGAUAAUCAAUUAAAAAAGUACUGGAUGCCUGAUAACAGUUGCAAGGAGUGCUAUGAAUGUGGGGAUAAAUUUUCCACUUUCAGGAGGCGACAUCACUGCAGAAUUUGUGGCCAAGUUUUCUGCAGUAGAUGCUGCAAUGAGCAAAUUGCUGGGUUUAUAAUAGGACGAAAUGAUUUUGUUCGCGCAUGCACACAUUGCUAUAAGAAGACUAAUCAUAUUUUACAAACUCAUCCAAAAUUCAGUGCUGAGAUUGAUUUAAAAGAAAGGCCAGAUAACUGCAUUUCUAGUGAAAGUUCAUCUACGUUUGAUGACCGAGAUUUAGACGAUUGUGACGCAAAAAUUGACAGAGAGGAUAGUGGACCGUGUUGCGAAAGAAAAGAUUCAUUAAUAACUGACUGCUCUGCUAUAACAUUGGACGAAAGUAAUGAAUAUGAUAUGAUAUUACCUGUGACAGACUUCCUCGACAACGGCAAAUCGGACAAGGAUGAUGUCGAUUCAAGGAUAUUUCAACUACAAAAAGAAUAUAAAACUCAUAUAGAAAUAUUGACAAAGCAUUUAUUGAACUCUCAUGGACUCAAUCAAAAAUGGUCUCCAACUGUAAUAGGACUAGCGAAAAUUGUAGUUGAUAGCGUUUUAGCUUGCACUACAGUGAUGGAUAUUAGAACAUACAUUAAAAUUAAAAAAGUAACAGCUGGUGAUUUUGAAAAGUCACAUGUAAUAAGGGGUUUAUGUUUUUCUAAAAAUGUUCGUCAUAAAAUGAUGAAAUCAAGUAUAAAAAAUGCCCGCUUGUUGCUCUUGAGAACUUCUAUAGAGUAUCAGAGGGUUGAAAACAAAUACUCAUCCUUAGAACCUCAACUUUUGCAAGAAAAUGACUUUUUAAAAAAUUGUGCCGCUCGAAUUGCUUCUCUUAAACCCGAUGUUGUAUUUGUUGAAAAUACCGUUGCUAGUAUAGCAUUGCAAUACCUUUUAAAGGACAAUAUAACUGUAAUUACUAAUGUUAAAAAAUCUGUUAUGGAUCGCCUCUCUCAAAUGUUUCACAUACCUAUUAUUACAACAGUGGAUGGUCUUAUUAAUUCCGAUCAAGUUGGUUUAUGCUCAAAUUUCACAAUUAAGUCAUUCUCAACAACAGAUGGAAAAGUAAAAAAUCUCGCUAUAUUAGAAAGCGAAAAGGAAGAGAACUGCUAUGUAAGCGUUGUUCUGCGAGGCGAUAGCUUACAAGAAUUAAAUCAAGUUAAACAAGUACUCAACUUUGUAAUCUAUGCUAUUCAAAAUUCGAAACUUGAAUGUUAUGUUCUGGCUAAUGGUAUUUUAUCUAAUACUUUUAAACAGCCUGAAAAUUCAUCAGCUUUUCUUCAAAAGAUUUCUUAUAAAAAUCUUGAAAACGAUAAAACUAAUGACUGCAGUCGUCUAAAGACUUCAGAUACAUCUAGCCCGAUUAAAAGAUCCAAAUCUCCCAUAAGACAACAGGAGGCAAUAGAAAUAAAAGAUGGCUCCGAUCCUUUAUCGAACUAUCAGGAAUCGCAAAAUGAAGAUAUUUUUAAUGCUUAUGAUAAACUUCAAUUGCUUGAAAGCAAAGAGAAUGCUUUUAAAAGAGCGCUUUCAGACGUAGUUCUUUCAGUUUCACCUUAUACACUUAUAUAUGUUCCAUAUUUAGAGACAAAAGCUGGAAAAAAUUCUAUUUUAAGGCAAUAUUUUACUGAUGUUGCCUAUCAUUCGAAACUACUUGAAGGAAAUGAAAGUGAGAGAAGAAAAAGUAAAGGCUUGAGAAGUAUUUCUUCUGAACCUACACAACAAAAAGAAUCUAUUCAUCACAUCAAUGAUUAUCAUCCCUUCAUUUCUUUGUCAAUGACUACUUCCCUAACAGAUAGGAAAGUUGAGUCAAUGAUUGCGGAUUUCCGAGCUAGAGGGGCUUAUCUUAAGCCAAUUUCAUUUGACAACUGCAGCGAAUGUAACGAUUCCCAAGCAGAAGAAGUUACAAAAAUUUUAGAUUGCCUGGAUGUGAAACAUCAUCAGAGAUUGGUUGUGUCUUUAACUGUAUCUAUUGUGGAAAAUGAAACUUCUAAAACUUGCAAAGGACCUUUUGUAGAUACCAUAAAAUUUUAUAGUCAAGGAGAUAUAUCUUUAGGAAAAUACCUUGAAAAAUAUUGGUUCAAUACACAGUCGAGGUGCUCAACAGAGGGUUGUGACAAAUCCAGCUUGAAGCAUGUCAGAAGAUAUUUAUAUCACAAUAGUAGUCUUCAAGUUACAAUUCAGACGAUGAAUUCCAGCAACGACUCCGUACCUGCUGGCUGUAUUUCAAGUCAAAGCAAAUGUACAGAGUGUGGAAUCAAAUCCGAUUUAUCACCAGUAUCUUUCUUUGAUUGGCACUACUCAUUCGGAAAGUAUUUACAAUUACGAAUGUCUUCCAAAUAUGUUUCUUGGUUCGAUAGUAAAUGGGAUAAAUGUGAUCAUAUUAAAAAAGAUCAUUUAUUCUAUAAAGAAAAUAAAAUGGUUCAGUUUAGAUUUGAUAAAUUAGAGCAAAAAGAAAUUUAUCUUCCACCAAUAGUUGUUUCAACUUUACCUUUUCUUUCUUAUCUUCGAAAUGAAUUAAAUAACCUAAAAGCAUUAACUACUUCAGUAAGUAAUCAAUUCAAGGAGUCAACUUCACCUGGAUCGGCUAAUAAUAUGUCAAAUUUACAUGAGGAAUUAAGAGAAAUCAAUACAAAAGUUAAUGAACUUGACGAGAUAUUAAAUCAAAAUAACAAAAUAGAUCAGCACGAUAAUAUAUUGAGAUCUAUUCAUAUUCAAAUAUUAGCUUUGAAGAAUAUUGUGCAAAAUCUACCUUGUAAAUGGAAUAAAUGGCUAAGGCAAAUUCAACGAAAUUCAGAUGAUUCUCCAAAAGGAAGUUGCGAGGAAGGAAGUUACGAUAAAACUCCAUUAAUAAAAGUAUCAUCUAUAACAAGCGAAACAAACUUAGAAGAGACUUUAACGUCAGCUAAAAGACAAUUCUCAGGAGUUAGUGAUGAAUAUCCAGUAUCAUUGGUAGCUUAUGCUCUGAGUUCUAAAGAAUACGAAAUUAACUUGAAAGAAUUAAGUGAAAAUGAUUCAAAUAAACCACAACGUAAUCAAACGAACUUAAAAACGAAAGAAUCGAUGACUGAAGAAUUAACAAAUUCUUAUGAAAGCCAAUCUAGCAAAUUAAAUUCAGCCGAUAAUAAAAAAUCUGUGGAAGUAUCAACUCACAAAGAUACAGAAGCUUCUGUUCGUUAUAAUCCUAAUAUACAGACUGAUAGUUUUGAAGAUGAACUGCUAAAACUUCACUCCCAAACAAGUGUUGAAAAUGAUAAAAGUGCAAAGAAGAAACUUGCAAAUCCUCAUAUUGAAUUACAAUUUCCUGACGGUAGAUGUAAAAUAUAUUUUGCUUAUCAAUUCUAUAAUUUGCGUUCGUUAAUCUUUCCAUCUGGAGAGAGCAGAUAUCUGCAAUCACUUUCGCAGUGCGUUAAAUUUAAACCUCAAGGUGGAAAAUCCGGAGUGGAUUUCUAUAAAACUAGAGAUGAACGUUUCAUUAUUAAAUCAAUUUCAAAUGAAGUAACAUCCUUUCUUCAAUUUACUACGGCGUACAUUCAGUAUAUAACUGAUUCAAUUUUCAAUAAGACUCCUACUGCUUUCGCAAAAAUUUUUGGAGUUUAUUGUGUAACAAUUGGUAAUAAAAAAUAUGAAUACUUAGUUAUAGAGAAUCUAUUUUACAAGCAAGACGUUCAAUCUAUUUAUGAUCUUAAAGGAUCUCUGAGAAAUCGUCUUGUUGAUACUGAAGGCAAACAGAGCAUGGAUACUGUUCUGUUGGAUGAAAAUUUGUUGAAGCAAAUGAAUGAAAAUCCACUGUACGUCAGAAGCCAUAGCAAAAGUAUACUUAUGAGGGCAAUUCGAAGGGACACUAAAUUUUUAUGUUCUCAAUCUAUAAUGGAUUAUUCUUUAAUUGUUGGAGUUGACGAAAAAGAGAAAAAGCUAGUUGUUGGAAUAAUAGACUAUAUUCGAGUUUAUACAUGGGAUAAAGCUUUAGAGAGUGUCGUUAAAGUCACGUAUAGCCAUUUGGAAGGGAAAGGUAAAACGCCAACAAUAAUGCCACCGGACGUAUAUAAGGGUAGAUUUAACAGUGCCAUGGAUAGAUAUUUUGUAGAAGUGCCCGAUAUGUGGACAAAUUUUGAAAAAUUUUAA